AUGGCAUUUGGUGCUCUCGGUUGGAUUUUCGGCACUUCGGGGGCGAUUUUUAAGAUGCCUUUGUUUCGAGGAUUGGACAUCCCUGUUAAAGCCAGACGGAUUCAACGGAAAAUCAUAGAUAGUGCAUUGAGCCGCGAUGCGAAUCAAAGGCAGUCCCUUGUUGAAUGCCGACUUGUCGAGCAUGAGGUAACAAAGCGUCUUUGGGAACCGCUGAAUUGUGGCCGUCGUCCAGACAGUGGCGCAGGGAACGACAGCAUAUCCUUCACUCUAUGCUCGUACAACGUUUUGUCACAAUCCUGCUUAGAGAACACGAGUAGACUUUACCGUAGAUGCGAGCCCUUGCACCUCAGCUGGAAAUAUCGGUGGCAAAACUUGUUUUAUGAACUGCAGUCGUUAGACGCAGACAUCUUCUGUCUGCAGGAAGUGGAUGGUGCUUUUUUCGGUCCAUACUAUCUUCGACUUUUCGAACAGGCCGGCUUUGACGGAAUUUUCAGACAGCGAACCGGCGACAAGCUCGAUGGCUGUGCCACGUUUUGGAGAAGAGCCUUGUUUACGUUGACCGACUCCCGUGAGUUGACUUUCUUCCGACCGGAUGCUAGACUUACUGGUCACAACGUAGGCGUCAUCGUCUCAUUAAGUCCUCGAGAUCGCCAUCAAUGCAGACUGAUUGUUGGCAAUACACAUCUUAUUUACAAUCCGAAGCGAGGUGACCUGAAACUGGCUCAAGCGGCUAUUCUUUUAGCCCAUGUGCAGCAGGUAGGUUAUUUCUUCCCUUUAGAUCACUGUCGUCCCCUGAACGAUUAG